AUAACGAAUCACUAGGCUCAAGCGGUAUAUAUAAACAGAUUUGCCUCUUUAAUCUCUCGAUUUCGUUACGACGACACACAAAAGGUUUCGAAAUCAGAUAGAGAAAUGGAUAAGGAGAAGGAACAGCUAGAGAGAGUGGGUCCAUUGGAGGAGCCACUGAUGAAAAACAUUGUAACAGAAGAGGAUUCACUAUCCAUGUCAGAUACAGAUAGCGAGAUACCAGAUUCUCCCGUUCCCAUCAAUGCACCGAUCUACCGUAUUUUUGGACGUGAACGACCGAUCCACAUGGUUCUCGGCGGAGGUAAACCUGCGGAUGUGUUGCUAUGGAGGGACAAGAAGGUCACGGCAGGGUUAGUGGGUGUAGUGACUGUGAUCUGGCUCUUGUUUGGUUUCGGACAUUGUCGCCUUCUUACAUUUGUUUGUCGUGGAUCGAUUCUAUUUCUGCUUCUCUCAUUCGUCUGGUCCAAUGCCCUCAACAGGUCUCCUGAGAAGAUAGUGGAGAUUUAUAUCCCUGAGAAGCCAUUACUCCAAGCUGCUUCUGCAUUUACAUUUGAGGUUAACUGUGCUCUUGCAACGUUAAGGAGCAUUGCUUUAGAGAGAGACAUCAAGAACUUUGCACUGGUACUACUUUUUAGUCUUUUUGUUUGUUUGUUACAUCACUCUCUGAAAUUAUUUACAUUUGUUUCUGAAACAAAGGUAGUCAUAGGACUUUGGCUCAUAUCUAUCAUCGGAAACUGGUUCAGCUUCUUGACAUUGCUCUACAUAUGUUUUGUAUUGAUUCACACGGUGCCAAAGCUGUAUGAGAAGUACGAAGAUGAGAUUGAUCCAAUUGCUGAGAAGGCUGUGAUUGAGAUGAAGAAGCACUUCCAAGUUUUUGAAGCCAAGUUCUUAAGUAAGAUCCAUCAUUAG